CAAAUGCUGAAUUUUCAUUCAUCGAUCUUGACUUUCAUCCAAAUAUUAACUUGCAGCAACCUGAAAUAGAAGAGUCAAAAUCACAAGGCAAAAAGAUAGUAUUUACCUUUUGCUCCCCAGAAUGCCGUAAUAAUAUCCUUGAUCUUGUUACUAAACAUUUUAAUCAACAUCCUCUUAUUCCUGCAUAUGAUAGGCAAUAUUAUUCUGCAGACCAAAUUUACGAAGCUGCUGUUCGAGAAAUUUAUACAUAUUGUAAAGAUAAUAAUCUUCAAUGGACAUGGUCAUAUUUAUGGGUUGAGUGGUAUUGUUCGUCCAAAUGGCCUUAUUGGGCACGUAGUGCAAAAAAAGAAAUUUCAGUGUUAAAAACUACUAUAAUUGUAGAAUCGCACUGGAGGCUAAUAAAGCACGAUUACCUAUAUAGAUUUAAUAAACCUUGUGUUGAUCUACUUAUAUGGAUUCUUGCAGAAUGA